AUGGCGAAGACAAGCGACCAGAGUGGCAGGAAGGACUACCGUCGUCUGUAUGGCAAUCACCCGCUGGCAGCAAAGGGCUCUACUUGGUUCAACGCAACACACCCCUUGGCACAGCCAGAGCCACGACCAUACGAGAAGGAAGAGUCGAUCACUGCGGAGAAGCUUCGUUACUUCAACUUCUUUCCCGCGGGCGAGCCUGGUAGACCCGAGGAGCUCGGAUGGUCGGCGGACCGCAUCCAGCCGACCUACGACGGCGGCACCUGGCACGUUGAAGGCCAGUUGAACGAGCACAUUUGCGCCACGGCUAUUUACUACUAUGACUCAGAAAACGUCACCCCGUCGCAUCUCGCUUUUCGCACACGCGCCGAUCGUGAGAGCCUCAUGAUGGACCUGAGCUACGAGCAGGACGACUACGAGUCCAUCGCGGCGACGCUUGGCAUCAACGCCCAGGGCGAUACGCUGCAAGAGCUCGGCAAGUUUCUCACUCGUCAGGGUCGCCUUCUCGCAUUCCCCAACGUGUACCAGCAUUGGGUAGGGCCGUCCGAGUUGAAGGAUAAGUCGAAACCGGGGCAUCGCAAGGUUUUAGCCUUGUUCCUGGUCGACCGCAAGAUACUGGUUAUCAGUACGGCCUGCGCGCCGCCACAGCAGGCUCACUGGUUGUCCGGCAAUGAUGGGAAUGUGCCGAAAGAGUGGCCCAUCUCGCUUGAAGAGGCCAAGCAGACGAGACUUGAGCUGAUGGAUGAGAGGACGGCAGUAGAGAGUGCUGCAGAUGAGGCUCUACGGGAUGAUCAGUGGAACUUCUGUGAACACUGA